GCGCGGCCGACAGCUCCUUCCGGCUUUGCUGGGGCGGGAGGCGGAGGAGGCGCCGCGCGGGUUCCUAGACCGGCCUGCCGCUCUAGGGCGCGCGGCCGGCUCCCUCUCCAGUCUCCGCCGCUGAGGGAGCCGCGAGGCAGCACAUUCCUCCUGUGAAGAUGUGUGUGUAUACUGCAUAAGAGCUGCUUGAUUUGUGUGGUGCCUGGGUUUCAAAGGGCUUUUGUUGGGAAAACAGACUAUGAAUAACAACCCUUGCUACUAUCCCAGAAGCUAGAGGAUGCUCUCCUCUUUGCCGCCACUGCAUUAUGACAUCAUCAACCAUAUAUAGGAGCUGCUGCUUGCCUUCUCUGAAACAUAGCUUCAUCUUCCAGCAUUCUGAAAGCAUUAGGAGAUAGAUCAGGAACUUCUGUAGUGCUGUACAAUGGCUAAGAGAGUAGCAGAAAAGGAGCUGACUGACAGGAACUGGGAUCAAGAAGAAGAAACUGAGGAGGUAAGGAAGGUGGGAACGUUCUCAGUGGCCAGUGAAGAGGUUUUAAAGAACAGAGCAAUUAAGAAGGCAAAGCGUAGAAAUGUGGGGUUUGAGGCUGAGAGUGGUGGAGCUUUUAAAGGUUUUAAAGGUUUCGUUUUGCCGUCUGGAGGUGGAGGAUUUUCUGGCUUUGGCAAUGGCACCGGAACAAAGCCUUUAGGGGGGCUAUCCAAUGGCGGCAGCGGCAGCAUCACAAAUAGCUCAUCGUUCACCAAUUUAAAGACUGCUGCUGAAACAACUACUACAUUUAGUUCUGUGGUGUCCAGUGGUUCAGUGAAUAAUACUGUAACUGAGAAAAAGCCUGUAAGUGUGGAAGCAAAUGGUGAGAGCCAGCAGCCCUUGUCCUCUGGAUUCACUGAGAACAAAGCAUGCAGCCCUGAUGCUUAUCAUAAACAGUUAGCCGCUCUAAAUUGUUCGGUGCGUGACUGGAUAGUAAAACAUGUAAAUGCCAAUCCACUCUGUGACCUGUCGCCGAUUUUCCGAGACUAUGAGAAAUAUUUAGCUGAGAUAGAGCAACGCGGAAUGAGUAGUGACAGCGGUUCUGAAAGUGACAGUAACAAGACAGUUGGAACUCAGCCUGGGUCUGCAUUUGGGAGUCCAAAUCUUCAGCAGAGUUCAACGUUUUUCUUCAAUAGCAACAAAUCUGAGAAUGCACCAGGAAAGAAAACAGAAAUGGAAAAGAAAACGGAACCAAAACUAGGGUCUAUGUCAACUGUCUCCUUUACUUUUAGCAAGAGCGUAGACAACUCUGGUCUGAAUUCUGGUGCAUUACCUAGUUUCUCAUUCUCUCCUGGAAGUGCAAGUUUAUUUGGAAAAGAUACAAGCCAAGGCAAGGUUGUUUCUUCAUUUUCCAGCAAAGCACUAGAUAUUCAGACAGAAAGUGGUGGCAGUGAAGAUAAAGGGGGUGACGAAGAAGAUGAGGAGCCACCAAAGGCAGUAGUGAAUGAAAUAAAGGAAGAUGAUGCCUUCUACUCAAAGAAGUGCAAAGUUUUUUACAAGAAAGAUAAUGAAUUUAAAGAAAAAGGUAUAGGAACGCUACACUUAAAACAUGCAGGAAAUCAGAAGAUUCAGCUAUUAGUACGGGCAGAUACCAACUUAGGCAACAUAUUGCUGAACAUUUUGGUGCCUCCUAAGAUGCCGUGCUCCAGAACAGGGAAGAACAACGUGCUCAUUGUCUGUGUUCCAAAUCCACCCAUUGAUGAGAAGAAUGCUACCGUCCCUGUUCCUAUAUUGAUAAGAGUGAAAACAAGUCAGGAUGCAGAUGAGUUGCACAAAAUUUUACUGGAGAAGAAGGAGGUCUAAAAAUCUGGGCUGUUGAAAAUUACAGACGAAACUUGCCAAACUGCUGCUGCUCAUUUCCCCUCUCUUGACUCUGCUAGUAACUUUUUAAACCACUUCUGACAUUCUAAGGACUGUUUAGGAACUCUGAAGAGCUUUGGUAAGGGAAAGAAACUAAGAUGGCCAAUAAAAGCUUUUAACUUGACACAAGAGUCAGUUCUUCCUCCCUUCUAAUUUGAAUAUCUAAUGCAUGAACCAUAUUUGAAGAAAACUUGCAUAUCAAAAAAUAAACAUUUUUAUUAUACAGAAUAAAACUGAUUUAUACUCAAAUGGUGUAAAAUACUACACCGGAAAUUGUGUAGGAAGAAUUUUGUGUGGGUGGAAAGAAAUUUGACAGACUUCUUUAUCUUGCAUCCAAGUUUGAAUUGAAAUCCUCUCCUAAAUGUGAAAUCACAGUUCAGAUUAUGUUGAAGGAACAAAUGUUUUAAACUGAACAGUAUAGUUUUUGUGUUUUAGUAACAGCUGUUAAAAAUCAGUACCCUGAUUUUUAAGGCCAAAGUUGCAGGUUGUUAUUUUCUCAUUCCCUAGAGAAACAACUGAGGGAAAAGGUAGCAUGGCUAUAUUUUUUUCAAUCCAAUCCUGUCUCUUGGAUUUUAUCAAACCUGGGGCAUCUUGUGUUGAGGGAUUUGAUGGACUUUCUUCCAUUGUAAAGCCUUAUCUUCAGGCUUGAAAAUUCUGUACAGUCCCCUUUAAUGUCAAGGGGCUUGUGCAAGAGAGCUGUGAAUUGUGCCCACACUAUUUUGGGUGUGCGCCAGUGUGCAUUUAACGGGAUCAGCAGUCAGACCGUGAAUACCCUGCUAUUUAAAUAGUUGUCUUACUAAUGUAGCAGUCGCUAGUAAAGCCACACAUAACCAGUCCACAAAUAUUGGUUAUCAUAGGUUCCGAAACAUCUGAAUCUUUAAAGUUCUAGUCGUACCUUAAAACUGGAAGGGAGCUGGGAUGCUGUGGAAGCAGGGCCCGUAUUGAUUAUGAAUUGGUGCCUUUUUUGCAUCAAGUUUUAAGUGUUGGACUUCCUAAAAAGUAAGUGUGAGAGUAUUUCAAGAGUUCAGCACCCCACACUGAAAUAUCUUGGGGUACAGUCCAGCAAGGAGUAAUCUGACCCAAUCCCCAUUAAAAUAAAUCUGAGUUACCAUUUAUGUUAGUGAGGUUUGGGCUAAUGAGCUUCACACUGGAUUGUUCUCUUUAGCAUUCAAGAUGGUGAACAAUCAGAAAUGCUAACUUGCAUGUUAAUAUUAUAAAUGGGAACAUGCAUAUGGAGUCCAGUCUUACUGUUAGAGGCUCAGGUUGAAUGGCCAAGAGCUUCAGUAAUAUUGUGUGCUCUUGUCUUUGAGAAAUAGUGUCUUAAAAAUCCUCAGUGAGCUUUGUUUACUCCCCUGUGUCUGGGCAAACAGCCUGCUCUUUUUCUAGAAAGCAGAUAGCCUGUUCCCACACCCUCCUCUAACAUAAUUUUUACAUUGAGAGACUGUUAAUAUUACAGGUAUGCUAUGUAUUUUGCACUUGUCUGAUUCCUAAAGUGCAACUGUGUAUAUGUAACAAUUUUUCAGUUACUGAGUAGAAUAAGAAAUAGCAUUUCAUUGACAUGCAGUUUGUUCUCAUAAUUUUUUUGCUAUGUCUUACGUGAUGCUGCUUCUGUAAGAAAUCCAGAGUGCGCAUGUUGCUUUUCAAAGUUAAAAGCAGCAUGAAAGAAUAAUCGUAAUGUCCAUUAAAUGUUUGCAAGAGCUGGUCAAAAGGUGUUGCUUGAAAGUGGUUGUGUUAUGGAAAGUGGUCAGUUACUUCUUUCUUAGAGCAAGCAUAAAAUGGGAUUAUUUCACACUGCUGCUGAGGAAGGCAUUCCAGAAAUGCAUUGGAAUUUCCUGCACCUCUUUGAACGUAUGUCUGCUGCAUAAAAAUGUGAAGAUCCCUGCUGUGGGUGCACCUUGGCCAUCCUGUGUGGGUUGUGACAUGAUGUAGCGAAAGCUUACCAGGCACUGCUCUUCACACACCCUCUUGGGGAAAGCUCCAUCAGCCUUCCGCAACCUGUCCACUGCCAGAUUCUUAGGCUGCAGCCCCAUCUAGUAGGUUUUGGAUGGAGCUCAUAUGAGCUGUGGUCCAAACCUGGAGGGCACCAGGGUGGAGAAGGCAGUCAUAGAUACACAAAACAAAUGCAUAAACCAGCAGACUGUAAAUCCUAAAUGUAAGUGUUGACUUUGUGAUUGGCCCAUCGCUUUCAGUAAUAAAAAUUAUUACAAGAAUAACAAUCUGAAUUACUAAGUGGAUCAAAAUUGGCUUGCUAAGAAAGAAGGAGAAUGUGCAUAGACUUCGUUUUGUAGGUUUCUGAUGUUGAUCAUGUUGGCUUGCUCCUGCUGUGAAAGGUAAGAUCUCAUUUUUGUGUGUUGGUUUUACUCUCUUGAGUAAGUUUAAAAGGCUGUAUAAAACUGGACGAUCAUUUUUCUUUGGCACAAAAUUGUAGCUUUAAUUAUAUUUAAAAAUCUUAAUCAAGUCUAUUGAUACUUGCUGCAUAACAAUAAGGCAGUGUCUUAAUUUGCAGUCUGAUCACUUGUCGCCUUGUAGACACAGUGUUUGUAGUCUGACUUUAUUGCUGUAGGAUUUAAGUGACUGUUGUUCGCCUGUUGCCUGUUUGCAAGAUUGCCAACCAAACUUGCAAAAUCAUUUUUACAUUUUGACAGAAGUAGAGAGUCUAAAGAAGAUGAUUUAUUAGAUACUGCCGCUUUGCACGUGCAUAGUUUUCAGCUGGUCCCUGGUGUCUGACCUGCGUCUCUUCAGACUGCAGGCAGGGGUUCUCUUGAUUGGAUUCACGUUGGGUAGAAUGGUUGUAGCCUAGCCUUCAGAAUGCUAUGCGGAAGGAAUUAUUUUGUAGGAAAGAGUGUUUUGUUACAUGAGCCCCGUCUGCCACUCAGUCCAGAUGCAGGCCUGCCACUCAAGGGAGAACUAGGGCAAACCUCAACUUGUUUGGGGAGUGUGCUAUUUCUCUAUUUUUUUUAAUUCUUCAAAAGGUUUGUCAUCAAAAUCCUGUAUAGAAGGGGUGUGGAGAAUAUUUGGCUACUUUUGCUCUGUUCUCAGUCUGCUACAAGUAGUUUGUAAACUGAAAAUAUGUCGCUACAUAUAAGGAGCAAUAAGUACUGUAUCGCAUCUUGCUUUAACUCCCUUUGCAACACAAUGUAAUUUGACAACUGUUCUGUCUAAUGCCUUAAGUUAUUUUUAGCAGAAGUUGCUAAACUGUAUACCACAAAUGUAAAGAUUUGAUAAAUUUCACAGUGCAUGGAAACCAUGUAUAAAAGCUUAAUGAACAGCUAUCUGAACAAUCGACAUGAACCUUUCUUUCCAUUUGACUGUCAACAUUUUUGUUUGUUCCCCAUCUCAUAGGACGCCAUCUGAAAGGCUAAACAAGAAUUGGGGCUUGCCUUUUAUCAUUUUUCACAUGUCCAUUUGCUAGCUGUAGUUCUUUCUAAGGAAAUGUAUAAAAAUCCAUGGAAAUGUGAAUAAACAAAUAGGAUGUGUGAACUCC